AUGGUGCCUAGAUUUUUCAGUUGCUCGAACCCGGGCUGCGCAAAGACCAAUGUGAGGGGUUUUGGGGGUUGUGAUUUUUGCAACCUUCAAUUCUGCGGCAUCCAUCGAUCUCUGCCUUUUCACAAGGUUGGCGAUUUAAGUGGUUUGGCUCCGGGUUGUGGUCUUGAAUCAAUUCUAAGGACACAGUUCUCACGGGUCUCGGACUAUGCAACCUAUGUGGCGCAUAUCGUCGCAGAGAUUGGUCGUCUUCAAUUGGGUUGCCGGGAAUCAUUAGCCGGGUAUCUGGUAAGAAGCGAGUACGCAACUUUGAAGUUUUUGGAAACCACUGCCGUACCUGCACCUCGAGCUUUCGGCUUUGGCGUGCACGGCGCUGGCACCGAUCAUGGUGUCGGCCUCAGCUUCUUGUUGAUGGAAGAGCUCCCGGGAAAGUCUUGGCCCGGAGAUGGGAUAGACGGCAGACUGGCGAGUGAGGAGGACAAGGCCAGGGUUUUAAGAGGUCUGGCAGAUAUCCUGACUGAACUUGCCACGCAUCCAUUCCCGAAGGCCGGAUCUCUCACACCCCAGGGCUCCGAUAUCCAAGUCUCGGAAUACUUAGCACUCAUUGCUGAUGGACAACUCCAUACCGAGUAUCCAGUUGAUGCGUACCUGGUAUACCGCUUCUUAAAGGAUAACGCCGCUCAACUGGUGCAAAGAGAGGGCGAUAUUCAAGAGGCCGAGGAGAUAUUCUACUUGAAGCACGUCGACGACAAAGGGGGCCAUCUGCUAGUGGAUGAUGACUUGAACAUUACCGGGCCGUUCAACGAAGCAAUUGGUCCGUCACUGGUGACAGCUGACAUGAGCUUGCUAUGCAACGGCAGAGUGUCGUUGAGCGAUGAUGACGUUGCAUUAGCACGCGUGUUGAAGCAACGGAGCUAUUUCCAGCUGCCUGCAUGUAAGGAGGACGACAAGAUCAGAUGCUUCUUCUGGGGGUUGGCCUUGGAGUCCAAGUGGUCAUAUGCGCUGCCAUUGGCUAAUGCAAUACCCAGGGUCUUUGGGGUUGACCCAGAAUGGAAUGAGUGGAGAGAAGGUGCGUUGGAAGAGUACAUGUCGGAUGAGAGGCUUCAGGGUCUCCUUGCUCGAGCAAGAUCGGCAGUUCCUUGA